AUGACAUAUAAUAGCAGGCAAGGUCAAGUAGCUGUUCAAAAGGAUGAUUACAGUGUCAGACGCUUUUGUUUUAUUGCAUUUCAUCUUAGCAUUCCUGAUGGAAAUAAAGUUCGGCAACAGUCAGCUGAUGGGAAGCAGGCGAGGAGGGUAUUGCUUGUUAGCUGCCUUCUGUCAUUCUCUGCUACUUCUGACGUGUGGCUGGCUCAUACGUUGUUACCUGUCAUCAUCGACACUAUCGUCACCAUCAAGACGUCGUCACUCGAAUCUGAUGGGCUUCAGACCGGUUCUUCUUCCCCUUCGCUUCCAUCGGAGUAG